GACCAGUUACAUCUCGAACUAUCGGCAACGACACAGUCCAGGCAUGGGCCCCAAGAAGGACAAGAAGAAGGGAAAAGACAAGAAAGGCGCCGAUGAAAGCACCGACAACGGCGGGGUCCUGACCCCUGAAGACCAAGUGAAGAUGCUCGGGUGUGUGAACCGAUCUCUGCAGCUCCAGUUGGCCGACCGCCACGAAAUGGCGGUCAAAGCCAUGGAAGCCAAGAAGGAAUUGCAGGGGCGCGUAUUGGAAUUGCAGCGCGACUUUGAAUCAGGAAAGACCCAAACGCUUGGCAUCACGCAAGACAUGACCCGUCAAUACAAGAGCAUGCAAGAAGAGCUCCUGAACCGCAUCAACACCCUCGAAAACACCAACACCGAGCUGCGGGAUCAACUCGAACUCGCACGAGUGCACCUGGAAGAAGUCAAGAGAGAAAAGGACAGCGUCAUCGGCGGCAAGAACAGCGAGAUCCAAGAACUCAAAGCCAAGAUGGAGGAAAUGGCUGCGGAAUUCGGCGAUAUGUUGAAAGAAACUCUCGACCGCAUGCGGGAGCGUAUCGAAAUCUCCAACACUAGCUACGACAACGAAUCGGGGCAGCCCAUGAUGCGGCGCCUCGAGGAAUUCAACCUCAGUGGAUCACCGUCCAAGUCGUUGCAACCUGUCAAGUAAAGUCGUCAUGAACGUGAUCACGCUCUGCUCGUUGCGUUAUGAGAACUUGAGUCGUCUGCCGCGUCGACGAAGCUCUGUAGCAGCUCCAGUCUUGGUGUCGAUUGCAUACUCACAACGAGUGGGUCUCAACCCAUUGCAAAUAUCCCUCACAAUCCACACCUUGUGCUACGACUGCCAUCCACUGGUACGGGUUGCAUGUAGG